AUGAACGUCGGCACUCUGGCUUUGUAUGGAGGUGUGGUCAAUGCGAUUGGUCUUUCAACAUGGCGAUGUAUCAACCAUUUUCUAACGAAAAUGAAUUUCUUUUUGAUGGCGAUGACGUACAAUCUUCCUAACGCAAGUGAAAUAGCAGGCUUGAUCAUUGGUGACUUUGACACACAAGAGGGUGUUAGGGAUAUUGUAGUUGAGACGCGCUCAAAUAAGCUUCAACGAAUCAGUGAGCUCCAUCCUCUUUACUUUCCUCUACAGUAUCCUCUUUUAUUUCCUUACGGUGAAGAUGGUUAUCGAGACGAUAUCAGUUUGAGAGAAUCUUCAUUUGCUGAUAAUAGAAAACGAAGGAAGCAGUUCUGUGUUGAUGGAUUUUCGAUGGUUGAGUCACAGAGGUUGAAUUUCAUAAGGUUCAAUCAGGAUCAACUUAGGGUUGACAUGUACAAGGGUAUCGAAGAAAAGAUUUUUAAAGGAGACACUGAGGGUAAAUCUGUUGGACAACACAUUAUAAUCCCAAGGUCGUUCACCGCAGGUCCAAGGUAUAUGUUUAACAACUUCGUUGAUGCUCUUCAAAUAUGUAACUGGAUUGGAUUUCCAACCCUCUUCAUCACCAUCACAUGCAAUCCCCAAUGGCCAGAAAUACAAAGGGUGUUAAAAGAUACAAAUCUCAGGCCGGAGGAUCGUCCAGACAUUAUGUGUCGUGUGUUCAAAAUGAAGCUCGAUAGUAUGAUGACGGAAAUCAAGAAGGGCCGUAUAUUCGGACGUAUUAGAGCAUAUGUCUGCACAAUUGAAUUUCAGAAACGAGGUCUACCGCAUGCACAUAUUUUAUUGUGGUUGCAUAAUGACGACAAGCCAAAUAAUCCAGAAGAAAUUGACAGGAUCAUAUGUGCUGAAAUUCCUAACGAAGAAAACGACAGAAAGAUGUACCAGUUGGUGGAGAAGUAUAUGAUACAUGGACCGUGCGGUCAGGCGAAUUUGAAAUCUCCAUGUAUGAAAGAUAGAGUUUGCACGAAACGAUUUCCAAAGCCGUUUGUGCAGCGCACUGAAUCAGAUGCAGAUGGGUUUACAGUGUAUAGGAGAAGGGAAGAUGGCAGAACAGUUACGAAGAAGAAGACUACUCUUGAUAAUGGGUUUGUGGUCCCCUACAAUCGUAUAUUGUUGAGUAAAUACCGAGCUCACAUUAAUAUCGAGCUAUGCAACCAAAACAAGUCAAUUAAAUACCUGUUCAAAUACGUAAACAAGGGGCAUGACCGAGUCACAGCGGCAUUUUAUGAGACACGCAAUACAGAUGGCGGUGCUGAGAUUCGUGAUGAGAUAAAGAUGUACUACGACUGCAGAUAUCUUUCGGCGUGCGAGGCAAUGUGGAGGUUGUUUAACUUUGAUAUUCAUUACAGAGACCCGUCCGUAAUUAGGCUAAGCUUUCAUCUCCCCGAUCAGCAGCCAAUUGUCUUCAAUGAAAACCAGUCGUUACAAACUGUGUUGGAUAGGCCAUCUGCCAAGCAAACUAUGUUCCUGGCGUGGUUUGAGGCCAACAAGAACUAUCCACAUGCAAGGGACUUGAGGGAUGCAUGUUAUGUGUUGGGUUUGCUAGAUGACGACAAAGAAUACAUAGAUGCAAUAAAAGAAGUGAAUACUUGGGCAUCGGGGGAUUAUAUAAGAAGGUUAUUUGCGGUUAUGCUGUUUUCCAAUAGCUUAAGUCGGCCCGAACAUGUUUGGCAAAGUUGUUGGUUGGAUUUGGCUGAGGGUAUUGCUUACAAACAACAACGUCUUCAUAAAAAUCCAGAUUUACAUAUAUCGGAUGAAAGCUUGAAGAACUAUACUCUCAUCGAAAUAGAAAAAAUAUUGCAAAGCAAUGGUAAAAGCCUGCAAAAUUACGCGCAUAUGCCAGUUCCAAUCGAAUACUCAUCUGAGGACACAGAAAACAUAUUGGUGUUAGAUGAACUGGAUUACGACCGGUUUGAAAUGGGUAGAGAACUUCAACAGUAUCUUGCUUCCAUUACAGAUGAGCAAAGAAAGGUUUAUGAUGUAGUCAUGGAUGCAGUAACCAAUGACAGUGGUGGAAUGUUCUUUCUAUAUGGCCAUGGUGGAACGGGAAAGACGUUUCUAUGGAAAACUCUUUCGGCUGCAGUUCGUUCGAAUGGAGAGAUUGUAAUUAACGUUGCAUCGAGUGGUAUAGCAUCGUUAUUGCUCCCCGGUGGAAGAACAGCUCAUUCUCGAUUCGGACUACCCAUAAAUGUACAUGAGAGUUCCACCUGCAGCAUAUCGCAACAAAGUCCACAUGCAGAGUUGCUCAUAAGGGCAAAGCUUAUUAUAUGGGACGAGGCUCCUAUGAUCCAUAGAUACUGUUUUGAAGCCCUUGACAAGACAAUGAAGUCACUAUUACAGGCUGAUAAACCCUUUGGUGGUAAGGUGGUUGUUCUUGGAGACAAUGAUGGUGAAGCUUCGAUAGAGAUUCCAGAUGACAUGUUGAUUGGUGAUUCAGAAGAUCCAUUCAGAGACUUACUCGAGUUCGUUUACCCGGAUUUGUUGAGUAACAUGUACGAUCGAGAUUAUUUUCAAGGGAGGGCAAUUCUUGCACCAACUAAUGAAUGCGUCGAGUCUGUGAACGAUCACUUAAUGUCUCUCCUUCCAGAAGAGGAGAAGGUGUACCUGAGCUCAGAUAGUAUGUGUAGGGACGAGCACACAACGGAGGAUAAUGCAGAAAUUUAUUCUACUGAAUUCCUCAACACAAUAAGGAUGCUCCGGAGUUCCUUCUCAUGCGUUGAGGAUCAAGGUUGGUGCAUCCGUUAUGCUAAUAAGAAACAUCGAUCAAGCUAG